AUGGAAAAGAGGCUCGUAAAGCAGGAGGUGAAAAGGCUGCUGGGAGAGUAUAUUGGCAUCAGACUUCGGGAAAAUGAAUUUGAUCCAAAAGGAAGAGGUCAACUCACCUUUCUAGAUGAGAUGAUCAGCAGCAUUUUCCUUCAAGUGUAUCAAGCAACUCAGCAGCUGCAUUCAACUGGUCAGAACAGGGAAAUGAGAGGCCAUCGAAUAGCUCAUUCCAAAGUCCAAAUACUAUCCUACGCUCCUGGCUCAAGGUCACAGUCAGGAAUCGACAGUAAUAAGCAGAAAAUCCAGUUUGAACAACCUCAAGGAAGGAACAAGAGCAAGGCAGAAGGGCAGGGGAAAGUACCACUUCAUGGCAGACCUGUGUAUCCAAACAGAAGAGAGAGAGAAGCAGUGAUCUUGUCAUCUUAUGCUGGAGUCUUAAUGAACAGUAUCCCAAUUGAGAAAGUCCUUAAAAUUUAUGGGGCCUAUUCCUCAGCCAAUCCUGAUUCUACCAAGGUCUCCCAGGCUCUGUUGCCCCGCCGCUCCUUGCACCCUUUUGCCAUGUUGACAGCACCCAACGCAGCAGAGUGCAACUACAGACAGAGUGUCAAGUUGAGGAGAGGAGCAAUGACUAAAAAAGCCUCCAGCAGCUCUACAAAGAAAGCAAUGAUUCAGAAUGGCAAUCUGGGGAAAGGUGCUCAUACACACAGCUCAAAAACAAACCCAAAUCCUGCCCUUUCAUUUUCCCUAUCCAUCCAGUCCUCCACUGUUAUGGAGAAGAAUUUAAAGACUAAUCAGAGAUGGAUAGGGCUGGGAGGAAAGUAG